CCAAACUCGGAGAUGGGAGGUGAUAUCUUGGUAUCAGGGCGGGGUGGGGGUCUUUGAGAGGAAUUGGAGUGCGGGUAUCUACGAAAGGUGGUAACUGCGCCGGCGCUUGGCUGGCCGUGUAGUUCCUGAGCUGGGCGGCGGGUGGCCGUGCAGUACCUGAGCCGGACGGCGGGCGGCCGGUCUGGCGCUGGUCCGCCGGUGUGAGGCCGGCCUAACCCGUCCGGUUGGUCCCCCCCCCCCCCCCGCGCGCCACGCUGGCGUUCUACGACCUGAAGCAGGGCCUGCGCGAGCACGGCGCCGACGAGGCCGGCCUUGAGUUCGGCUCGGUCGGCCUCGGGCCCGACUUCGAGUCGAUGAUGGCGUCGGAGCCGUUCCGGCGGCUCGACUCGGCGCCGUCGCCCGGCUCGCUGGGCUCGCCGCGCGGCGUACGCUCGCCGGCCGUGCCGCGCCAGGACUCGACCGGCACGCUACGCACCACUAUCCAGCUGGGCAAGACGGGCGCCUCGAUCGUGCACACGGGCCCGUUCUACCUGAUGAAGGAGCCGGCAGUGGAGAACGAAAUAACGGGAGCCACAAACCUUAUGACGCAUCACAAUCUGGAGCAUUCUUACAACAAGUUCACCGGAAAGAAGAUGAAAGACUCCCUUUCGUCCUUCCUGACAAACCUUCCAGGUGUUAUUGACACACCUGGUUCCUUGGACAACAGUUCGCUGCGGUCGCUGAUCGAGAAGCCACCCGUGGUGGGGAAGGAGCUGGUGCCGCUCACCAAUCUGCAGCUGACCGGCUUCAGACUGCACGCGGGACCUCUGCCCGAGCAGUACCGCUUCACCAGCCAGGCGCCCAUGAAGAAGAAGCACAAGCACAAGAAACACAAGCACCGCGCUGGCGACACGUCCUCGCAGGACGGCACGGACGCCGGCGAGCCGCCCGAGAAGAAGCACAAGAAGAAGCGCAACGACGACGAGAAGGAGCGCAAGAAGAAGAAGAAGGAGAAAAAGAAAAAGAAGCAGAAGCACAGUCCUGAGCAUCCCGGCAUCAGCGGUGCCACGAACGGCAAUGGCAAAACGGUGUGAACGAUGGCUCUGUUCGGGCAAGCGUUCAUGAAUAAGGCACGACGUUUGGACACGUUUUGGGGUGUCUAUUACCUUGCCAAUCAGAAGGUGUAGUGUCGUACCUGUUGGGCGACGAAAUGUCCAAAUGAAGCCGUACCAUAAUUGUUCCAUUUAUGUUAAAGAAGGGUACUUCUCUCUGAAGUGUGUCAUCCUCGAUUUCGCCGUAGAUGCAUAUUUUUGUCGUGAGAACGCUGUACAAUACACUAGCAACUUUAUUUUAA